GCCUCCGCUACCUUAGUUGGUGCACUCGAUAUUCCGCAUUUGGGCUUCAUGACCUCAACCCCUCAGGUUCUCACUUUCUCAAAUAGAAACAACUAUUUCCCUAUGAUUCCCAAAUUAUUUUACAUGGAUUAGAAUUGAUUUAGCACUUUUCCCACUUGUCUUCAAUCGACAAUUAUAAGUAAUCGACCCAAAGUAACUAGAUAUCAUUUUGUUUCGGUCGUUGUCAGUGCAUGUUCUGUUUCCAUUGUCAAUUACGGAGUGCAAUUGUGGAGUUCUCCAAUCUCUUGUCCAAGAUUAAUUUCCAAUCAUUGAUGAGUCAAAUUUUUUAUUGCUCCGAACUUUGAACUGUCGAAGUCUUUUGUGUUUGUUGGAGAAGAAUAAUGAGGAGUUGUGUAGAGUCAGCUGGGGUUAACUAUGGUUUUCCCAUCUCUGGAUGCUGCUGAUGAUCCUACCACGAAACUCGAAAUUCCCCUAACUGUCCAGCAAUUGGCCUGUUCACCCUACUUGUUCAGUCGAGUGCAAAUCUGGUGGUGCAAUUGGUUUCCUAGGAAUGAAUCACUAACAAUUGGUCAAGAAAUAACUGAUGAGCAGACGAGUGGAGAAUGGAGGUGGUUGGGGGCAUUCCUGUGGAGUGUUUAACUCCUGGAGAGCUGGCAGGUGUGUGGUCCGGUUGGACAAGCAUGGGCGAUCGGGAGAUGGUCAGAGAGGCCUCUGCCAAGGGCAAUCACAUCAACCUUGCUUUCAAGUUCCUCGCUUAUCGCAGGCACUGGACGGUCGCGGAGGCCCAGAAGUAUUUUUAUUCAGAGGUCGAGGUUUGGAUUGGAGAAUUGUUGGGGAAGAAACAAAUUCAUCGAGCAUCACAUAUUUUACAGAAAGUUGGAAAGGAUCCAAUAGUCUACAUCGCCGAGAUCUGUACAAAAAGCAGAGAUCCUGAAUUGCGAGAUUACUUGGCAAACCACGUGCUGAAGAAUAAGGGAUUCUCUGAGGAACAGAUUGAUGCUUGGGAGAUCAUCAAAUGCAUAAAAAAAUACGAGACGAUUCAGUUGUCGCGGGACACCCUCGACGGCCACUCCAUCGAAAAAAUUUCCAUCGAAGAAAUGCUUAAUCUUCCUCCACACAUCAAAACCCCACUUUUGACUGAAUUAUACUUCCAUACUUAUGAGUCCUGCCUCUCUAAGAAACUCAAGAGCUCCGCAGUUUGGGAUUACCUCCUAACCGAGGACAACAUCGAACUCUUGAUUAAGUGGAUUGACAGAAAAUUUGGGGAAGAAAACUCGAAAAAUCGUGAAGAGCUGCAGGAGGAGCAAAAAUCCCAUCUUGUCGAUGUGUUUGACAGACUUGAAAUCUCGCCAGAGAUGAUAGAAAGAAUCGAGCAGUCCAAUAUGUCCUUUCCCUUCAGAGAAAUUUUGCUCAACCACCUUUGUAAAUAUGGAAUUUUUAUCAACAAAGAGAGGAGUGAUGUUAAAUUAACGCUAGCUCGAUUUUUCAGUGCUGAAAUCACUCCCAAGAAUUUUGAUGGAAUUUUAUCCAAGAGCUCGUGUAAUUUGGAUAAGGAAGAAUUCUCAAGAAAAAGACACUCAAUUUUAUUUUACCAAAACGAAGAGAAUUCCGAUGAGAGAUUGUAUUGUCAGGAUCAAGAGUUACUGAGAUCAUUGAGGAAAUUGAAUGAUUCAGAGAAUUCUGUGAGGGGUUUGAUCACUGGAAUUUGUCAGACAAUCCAUAAAAUCUCGGAUAAUCCUCAGGAAUAUUUAAAAAACGAGUCUCUGCUCACGUUUUACUUAAUUUUCUUGGCAUAUUUGGAGUCCAAAGCGCGAAGAGACAAUAAAGACGAAGAAUCUCCAACAUUCGAGGAAUUUUUAACUACUAAAACGAACUUAACAGUAGAAGAUAUCGAAAUUCCAUCUGGAAUGAUUGCAGAACUGCUUCAGAAAAUUCCAUAUCUUAAAAACUGCCUCGAGAAUAAAGAGAAGGAGAAUGACAUAACGAUGUACCAGCUCUUGGACGGCCUCAGGAAUCUGAACAUCCACGAGUUGUUCAGGUGGAGAUUCGAGAAGGAACAAAUGCCUAAUUUUGCUAAUGCCAGUUUGAUUAAGAAAUAUGGGCACAAGGAGAAGUUGAAUUACAAGUAUUAUCUGAAGGAGGCACGUCCCAGCAUGGCUGCAUACGUGUUGUUGAACCCUGAGGGGAAGCAGGCUGAUUUAUCUUCUAAAAUGAAAUCAAAAAUUUCGUUCCAAGCUCACGCAUUCGCUCUGAAGAACCUCGACAACCCAGAAAUAAUUUCCAAUUGUAUCUGCUUCAUCGAGUUCCUUGGAGUUGACUCCGAGUGCUUGAGACUCCACGCAACUGCUGCCGACUAUGUCCAUAGUAAACUCAACAUUUCGAUAAAUGACCUCCUUGAGUCUGUGGCCUAUCAAAACACGAAAGAUUUGGAGAUUCUUCUGAAUCACUUGGAACAGAGUUUUGCAGUGGAAUUUACCUCAGUGUCAAUGAGCAACGUCAGUGAUUUCGUUCAGAGCUUGAAGUCUUGGGAAUUCGUUGUGAGAUUUGCAAGAGCUCAUAAUGCAUUGUUUCCAGUUUCAUUUCUGAAGUAUUUGGCAAGGGGGAAUCAUUGGUUUGAGUUUGUGUUGGUUGGAAAUAUCUUUCGAUAUCCGUUAGAACAGGUGUUAGAAAACGCUGCAUACUUCGAAGACCCAACGAUCCGUGAGCACCUACUGAUAUCCCUGAGCAACUCCCACUUGAACCCCCCGCAGACCCAAAGGCCCAAAUCAUCAAGACAAUACCAAAGAAAGCACAGCCACAGUCUCCCCAGCCACUCCCCCACGAUCUCCACCCAGACGUCCCCAGAAUCUCCUUUAAAAACCGACCAGUGCUUUCCGUUCAACCAGAAGACCCCCUUCGACCAGGACCUCUGGCUGACAAUCCUGAAAUGCGACCAGAGUCAGGACCCCCCUGGGGCCCUCCUCAAAGCAGCUCGAGAGACGUCCUCCUCAGUACUGAUCAUCCUGGCAGCUUGCUACGAGCCCUCUUCAACAGCCUCCUACUGCUACUCCUGGCUCGUCAUCUCCAUCGAGAACGAAGACCUCAUCAGAGCCUACUCCGACUGCCUGGCCGACCAGAUCUGGCCGAUCCGAAGGAUCUCCGAGCUCUUCCGAAAGCUGGUGUCCCUGGGGUACAUCGACACCCUCUCCAAAGGCUUCGAGAUCUUCCUCCCCGAGAAUCCCCUCCACCUAUUCUUCAAAUUCCUCCUCCAAUGCACGAAAUCCUGUGAAUUCGAGGAGAGCCAGAAGAUCCUCGUCGACUUCAUCAACACCUGUUCCACCUUCAAGAGCAACAAAACCAUCGACUGGAACGACUCAGACACCACCUACCUCAACAACGAGUACUGGAUCGCGACAGUCUGCAUUGAGUGCAUCGCAUCAUCCCUGAACUCAAACUUCCUCAGCACGCACCUCCAGCAGAAGUUCCUAAACCUCAUCGUCGAUUGCAAUUUCAACGAGGAAGUGCACAUCGACGAGCCCGACUUCCAGUCCCUCCUGGACAUCAUCACGAUCCUGUCAAGAACUCCAGUAAAAAUGGAUUUCGAACAGAUUAAACUGACUGGCGAGGAGUUCACAGUGACCCAAGAGGUCGAACGCUGCAUAAGAAAUCUGGUGGAGAUUGAGGACUUCCCGAGUGCCCUUGAGCUAUCGAAAAUUGCGCACCUCCCCUGCUCCAACAUCAUCCUCGAGCAGUAUCGAACCGAAUUCAAAAAGCACCUGCUCAAUGCCCCGAGCAAAUCAGACGCAGUAUUCUGGAAGAAAUGUGCCUACGACAUCAGGAAGUACGAGGUCCGCUUCGAGGAUGCAGCUUCAUUCUUCAUAGAGCAUGCUGGGAAGGUUGAGUCGUACAAGGAGAUGUACGAGAUCCUGGAGCUUGCCCUGAAAACCUUGAAGCCAAUCUCGACUGAUCAGCAGACGAUCGACACAGUCGAGAUGGCGAUGUGGAAGGCCUGCAUCCUGGCAGGUCCAGCAGCCAUAGAGAUCCUGAGGGAGAAGAAACACUUCAACAAACUCAAGACUGAAUUGCUCUCUGGGAUCAGCAACCUGAGGGUCAGUUGCUCGUUGAACGACGAGUCCGAGGAGCAGGCCAUUCAAGCUCUGAUAAAUCGAUUCCUGGACGUCGACGACCUCGAGACGUCCCUCAGGAUCUCAGCAAUCUUCAAUUAUAAACACAAAGACCUGCAGAUUUUGAUGUUGUCUCUGUCUCUGGCUGAGGGGGAACUAUCCCCCUAUCAACUGUCUCCUCAGCAUCAAAUAUUGUUAGAGAGCUCCGACGUCAAGAAGAUCAAUCAGAUCUCCACGCUGACGAAUCGAGGGCCCCAGAGGAGGCUGUCCUCUUCAUCGCUGAAUCUCCCCUCGCCUAUUUCCAGUGCUGAUGGGAAUGAUUCAACCUCAAUGUACCAUCAGCAGGUUGACAGCCUCUUGUUGUUGGAGAAAUUGGUGAAAAAUCUGGACCAUGGGAGGGACGUGGGCCGCAAGAUCCUCGUGCUUUACAGAUUAUCGAUUCACCUGAAGGGGAGUUACAGGACAUUGCUGAUGUCUCGAGACCCCAUGGAGCUGCUCUUCGAAAUCACAAAUGUCAAUCAUUCGGAUAAAUUUGCGCUGAUGAGGGAGGUCAUCUCGGCUUACAGAAUACAGAACUCUGCAGUGACGAAGUUCUGGGCUGGGGAACUUUUGUUACAUCUCACGAGGCAGGUGGAGGAGAACCUGGACGAAUCCAUGCUGAUGUGGGGGUACCCCCUGGACGUCACCUUCACGCUGUCAACGAUUUUGUGUGACGACGCCUCGUUGCUCGGGUGGGAGCUACUGAAGGGCGUGACGAUGAGGCUGGGGCAGUCCCUCGGGGCCCGCAGGGAUGCCUCCAUCCUCAAGAUCGUGGUGGAGUUGCUGAUCAAGGCUCAUCACUGCUUUACUGUGGCCUGCAGCAUGGAGGGCAUUGCCUCUGUCCUCAGGAAGAGUCAGCAGCUGUCUAAUACUUUGCAGAGUUUGAAACUCUGGAGUUUGCUGGUGAGACUGGUGACUGGGGUGGGCAGAUUCACAGAGAUGAAUUAUAUCCUACAGAUUCUGAAGGAGAACGAUCAGUUUGAGUUCCUGCUGGGGAUUGGGACUGAUAAGGUCUCGGGACUGAAGAUGGCUCUGUUGGAGUUCUGCAAGAAACAGUAUCCUGAGGAUAAGGAGCUGUUUACCCUGGUGGCACACCAUUUUCGGUUGUACAAUGAGAUUGCUGUCAUGUGGGAGAGCGAGGCCAAGGGGAUCAUCAGGGAGUUGAUUAGGGACACGAGGAGGGAGAACAUCAGGACCUUGAUGAUGAAUCAGAGUGUCAAGUUCACGAGGAAUGAUGGCACUGAGAGGAAACUACAGUGUGCAAUGACGAAUUAUACGCAUGCUACUGAGUAUUAUCUGAGGGAUAAUAAGCUGAAUUUGGCGAAUCGGUGCUGCCAUCAGGCACAGUUGGUGGCGCUUCAGGUGUCUCUGCUCAGUGGGGUGGCGCAGGGGCAACAGGCCACUUGUCUGCUGAAUCUGACUACUGAUGAGAUCAAUAGGGUCAUUUGUCAGGCCCUCAGCUUUCCACAGGCUCUGAUUCUUGCGCAGUCUUAUGGGUAUAAUGCUGAUUGGUCCAGUGCUAUUUAUCAGCAUGUGAUCGUUCAUGGAGAGGGGAAGUAUCUCAAGGACUUUCUGGGGUCUAAGAGGCUCACCAGUGCUAUUGCUCAGGACUGCGUUUGCAGAUAUAGAACUGAGAAAGUGAUAACCAAACAGAUGACGCUGAAUAUGCAGAGUUUAAUCACAGAAUUGAACGAUAUUGAAGCUAAAUACGUAUUAGCAAGUCAGCUGGGAUUUAAGGAGAUUGUCGAGGGAUUAUUGGCAAACGAUACCACCGGCUCUUACUUGAAAGACACUGUUUGGAAGCAAGGUUUUAAUCCUCAGGAAUUCAUCGGCGAAUCAUUUCGCGGUUGAUGUUAUUGUUUUUUGCAAAUACAAAUAUCUAUUUUAAUCGACAAGCCAAAAUUGUAUUAUACUUCAAAUUGUAUACGUUUUUAUAUUAAACAAUUUCGUACUGAA